AAUAGGAUCUUCAAUGGUGAAGGUUUGUGUGGUACAAGUUCCCGAUUAUUUUCUGUUUUUGUGGCAUUGAAAGAAGGGAUCAGUUCGAGUUAAAAGAGGUGUGACUGAUGGCUGAUAUUCAACGUCGAGCUGUAGCAGGUGUUUGACACACCUUCAACACCAACCCUUAGAAUGGCUACUCCGAUGUCAGCAGCCAAGAAUGAGAAUGGAGAUCAGACACAGAGUACAGCUGCUGCUCCUGGACUUGCCCUCCCAGAAAAUGGACAAGAAACUACAGAUGUGCUACCACCAACUACAACCUCAGAUAUUCCACAAACUGACACCCAAUCAUCAGGCGUAGAUCCAUCAACGCCGUCUGCAAGCGCCUGUCUGAAAAACCUAGCAGGUAACAUCGAUCAAAAUGGGGCCUCGACCAGCAGCAAAGACGAGGCGUCGACCAGUACAGGGGGCGUGUUCUCAAUCAACAGGGACCUCAUCCCGUCAGUGCCGAACCAGAUGCAGGCCACUGAGCUCCAGGGUCUUGAAGGAGUCAGUGUCUUCGAUCAGGAGGAGUUUGAGAAGGGGGUCUUAGAGCAGGUUGAUCAGGCCAUCUCGGCCAGGCAGCAAGUUGUGGACCGUGAGAGGGCUGAGAAGGACCUGAAUGCUGUCCUGGUUGACAUAAGGUCAUGCAAGAAGGAUCUAGGACAUAUUACUAAAGUGAUGUCCAACAUGAACAGUAAGACGAUUCCAUUAACAUUUGCUCAGAAGGAAGUUCAGAGGAAUCUCAUCUCCAUGCGCACAAAGAGAGACAACAAGGCCAAACAACUCAAGACUCUCCGUGCUCGACAGCGAUCUCUACUUACCAAGUUGAGCGGAUCUGAUGUCAAUCUACAGGUUUCAGAUGAUGAGGAAGAAGGUCAAGAUCAAAACGUUCAGACGUACCAACAGCUUUUAUGUCGCAGCCCAACCUCAGAGGGAAUCCCAACACAACCUGCAAAAGAGACAGAACAAGAACGUCUUAUACGCCUCGGAGAAAUGACACCCUUUGGCUCAAUGGUACAGUCCAAAGCAUCAACGAGUAAAAAAAACCUCCACCCACAACCCAUGACAGACUUUGAGAAGUACAUGACACAAAAAACACAAGAUGACAUGACACGUCGAAAGAAAGUCACCCCUCGUAAACCGACUCCCAUGAAAUCAAAAUCCGAACCCAUCAAAACCCAAAGUUCACAACCUACUCAUAAAAUAGCACCAGUCCAACAGGACGUCAAACAGAAGCAAAAAGAACUCUCGAAAAAACUGAAGCAGAAAUCGACGAAAAAGCCUACCAAGGAAACCAAAAAGAAAACAACUGACUCAUCGGAUGAUGAGACAUACUUUGUUUACAAACCAGUGAGGAGUGAGACUUCAGCGAGUUUUCCAAAGUCUCGCAAGAGGACGAAGAAGACACAAGAUCUGAAACCCCAUUGGGGGAGUGAUGCUGAGUUGAGUGACUGGGACAACGAUGGGAAUAACAGUGAGCAGAGUGAUGAGGAUUAUACACCGGGGUUCAACGACCUAUCAGAUGAAGAUGAGGAGCGUUUCACACCAAAGAAAAAAUCCAAGAAGAGAGGUCGCAAGGAAAGCAUCUCAACCGAAGACUUUGAAGAUGGUACCAUAGCAUGUCUGGAUGACCUUAAGAAGUCAUAUGGGGUCAAAGUUCAACGUUCAAAAAGCGGUCACAGGAAGUUCAAAUGCAAGGAUGAUGCUACACAGGAUCUGUAUUUUCGUAGAUUGAAAGAGAACCGUAGGUCCGAGUUGGUGAAGAAGCAGCGGAUGAUUGAGAGAGGGGAGGUGGAUAGUGACUCAGAGCCUGAGGAAAUGCAGUUUGAGGGUGGGCUCAUCAUACCAGGCAAAAUAUGGUGCAAUCUUUACAAGUAUCAGAAGGUUGGAGUGAAGUGGUUGUGGGAGCUCCAUCAGCAGCAGGCUGGGGGCAUCAUUGGAGAUGAGAUGGGUCUUGGGAAGACCAUUCAGAUGAUUGCAUUCUUAGCUGGACUCAGAGGGAGCAAGCUACGCAAUCCUGGUUCCAGAUACAUUGGUCUUGGCCCGGUGCUCAUUGUAUGUCCAGCUACAGUCAUGCAUCAAUGGGUCAAGGAGUUCCAUAAGUGGUACCCAGAGAUGAGGGUAGCCAUCUUACAUGACUCCGGAUCACACACUGGAUCAAAGAGGGCGCUAAUCCAUGACAUAGCACUCUGCCAUGGAACUCUAGUUACGUCUUAUUCAGCUGUGCGUAUUCAAGAGAAGCUCCUACUACAGCAUACAUGGCAUUAUAUAGUCCUGGAUGAAGGACAUAAGAUCCGUAAUCCUGAUGCUGCCGUCACUCAAGCUUGUAAACAGUUUCGUACAUGUCAUCGGCUGAUCCUGUCUGGUUCCCCGAUGCAGAAUAAUCUACGUGAGCUUUGGUCUCUGAUUGACUUUGUCUUCCCAGGCAAACUGGGGACACUCCCAGUCUUCAUGGAGAAGUUCUCUGUUCCCAUUACGAUAGGAGGCUACUCAAAUGCUACUCAAGUACAGGUUCAGACAGCCUACAAGUGUGCCUCGGUGCUCCGUGACACCAUCAACCCAUACCUCUUGAGACGACUCAAGGCAGACGUCAAGCAAAACCUGAAUCUCCCUAGUAAGAGUGAGCAGGUCCUAUUCUGUCGUCUCUCUGAGGAGCAGAUUCAGAUCUACAAGGAUUACCUCAACUCCAAGGAAUGUCAGCUGAUUCUGAACAGGGAAUAUCAGGUGUUUGCAGGUCUGAUAACGCUGCGUAAGAUCUGCAACCAUCCUGACCUGGUGAGCGGCGGUCCGCGCAUCAUCAAAGGAGACACCAGCCUAGAGGCCGUGCAGGCAGCGAACGAUCCUGCAAUGCAGUAUGGUUAUUGGCAACGCUCCGGGAAGAUGAUCGUUAUUAACUCGUUGCUGAAGCUAUGGAGUAAGCAGAACCACAGGGUGUUGCUGUUCUCACAGAGUAAACAGAUGCUGGACAUUAUUGAGGACUUUGUGAAGAAAACCUACACCUACAUGAGGAUGGAUGGUACUACUCCAAUCUCAUCCAGACAGCCUUUGAUACAGCAGUAUAACAAUGACCCAUCAAUCUUUGUCUUCUUGCUGACCACACGAGUAGGCGGCCUUGGUGUGAAUCUGACCGGAGCUAACCGGGUGGUCAUCUUUGACCCUGAUUGGAACCCGAGCACGGACACCCAGGCCAGGGAACGGGCGUGGCGUAUUGGCCAGACACGCCAAGUCACUAUCUAUCGGCUCAUCACAGCUGGGGCAAUAGAGGAGAAGAUUUACCACAGGCAAAUCUUCAAGCAGUUCCUUACCAAUCGUGUCUUAAAGGAUCCUCGUCAACGUCGCUUCUUCAAAUCCAACGACCUCUUUGAACUUUUUACCUUGACUUCAGACAGCAACCAGCACGGCACGGAGACCAGCGCCAUCUUUGCUGGCGUCGGCUCGGACGUCAAGGUCCCGACAACUGCCCACAGACCAGCGAGGAAAAAGUCCAUCGAGAGGAGAGUCAAGACAGAACUUCAGGGAAGGAAGGAAAGGAAUGGAGUAAGGAGGAUGGAAAACCAUGAUUCCAAAAUGGAAACUGGAGAGGUGAAAAGCGAAAUUCAAAAUGGUGUUUCGCCGGAAGAUAUUCCUGGAUGCAGCAGGUCUGCGGAGAAUGGUGUUGAAUCGGAGGCAGGGAUAACUUCAAGGAGUAAUGGAAGGCAAUCCUUGGAUGUAGAGAUGGGAGAUCAGGCUGGAACGAGUAAAGGGGAGAAGAGCAAUGCUGAGAGAAAGAGAAGGAAAAAGAAAAAGGAUGCAAGGCUUGAUGGACAUCGUAUUGCUCACUUAGCCAAGCACACUGCAUAUCAACCCAAGUCGGAACACGGAGAGCCAAAGGAUGAACAGAGCGAUGCACAGAAAGAUGACUAUGUCCUCAGCAAACUAUUCAAGAAAUCAGGAGUACACAGCGCCUUGCAGCAUGAUAACAUCAUGGAGGCAGCUAGCCCUGAUUAUCUACUCGUAGAGGGAGAAGCAGAACGGGUUGCUAGGGAUGCCGUCAAGGCCCUCAAAGAUUCCAGACGUCACUGCCAUCGAGCCACCUCAGGGUUACCUACAUGGACUGGAUCUGGAGCCUCUGGAGGCACCACAACCCCGCCUAAGAAACCAAGGUUUGGGCAGAAGUCAAACAACAAAGUAGCUGGUUUGCUCGGUGGCAGUAAGCUGUUACAAGGAAAGAUCAAAAAGCAGAAGCCGAUAUCUGUCCCAAAGCCAACACACUUCUCCGGUAAGGAGUUGAUAGAAACUGCAGCAUCACAGAACAGUACCAAGACCACGGCCCUUCCAUCUUCAGGAUCCCUCCUAGCUCAGAUACGGAAGCGCAACAAUGUCUCCGCCACGGAUACAGACAAUCAGACAUCUGUUGUCCUCCCGCAGCAUGAUCUUCUCGUGGACAUUCGGGACUUUGUGUCCUUCCAGGCAGAGACCAAUGGCCAGGCGACAACGAAUGAGAUCCUUCACAAGUUCAGGGGAAAGCUUCCAUCGAAUGAUUCGGCGUUGUUUAAGUCCAUGCUGACUGAGAUAUGUGUGUUCCAGAGAGUGAACGGUGGAGAGGGAUUGUGGAAACUCAAGGAGGACUUUCGUUGAUGUCGGACUUUGUGACUUUCCAAGUAGAAACCAACGGCCAGGCGAAAAAAAAUAAGACCCUUCACAAAGUUCAUGAAAAAGCUUCCGCCGAAUGAUUCAGCAGUGUUUAAGUGCAUGCUGACUGAGAUCUGUGUGAGUAAACGGCGGAGAGGGAUUUUGGAAACUCCAGGAGAAGUUCCACUAAUGAGGUACAUGACUCAUUCAAUAAAUUUGCAUCCUUGGGUUCGGUUUUAUAGAUCAAUCUAGUUGGACAGUUUUCAACCAGAACCCCAAAUGAGUUGAUGUUGAGAGCAAAAUAUUGGAUUUAAAGAGAAGGUAUUUGUUGGUAAUCACUCUUUAAGUGAAUUGCAAUAAUAAUCCUUGGUUAAAAGCCUACAGCAGCAUUUGUUGGUAUAAGGCAUUUUGAGAAACAUUUUGGUUCAAAGCAAUGUUGUAAUAUAAAAAGAUACAGUUUUUAUGGCCCAAAAUUUGAAUCUGAGAAGCGUUACCAUGUAACUUUUCUAAGAUUUUGUAUUCCUAUUGCGGAUUAUUCUUCCCGCGUGAGAUAUCUGCGCGACUGAUUUUUGAAACGAAAUGUUUAGAUGUUAGUCUUAUUGUAUACAUCUACAUUUAUAUAGCAUCAAAACAAUAGAAUGGUUCCAAAAACCAAGGGUAUACUUUGCCUUUAAUAUCUGUGCUAAGAAGUCAGGGAAAACUUUUGCAUUUGGAGGAAGAAAAUAGAUGCAAUGAUUGUACCAAAAUAAACUCAGGUUUAUCAAUCUUAAUGACCAAUAUUUUUUUCAUGGCUUUGUACUUUGAGAAUUAUUUUAAGGAAAGUCAACCCAAGUUAAUAAAUUUAUUAUUGCAAGGAAAUGUUUACUGUGGGCAAUACUUAGUAAAACCAAUAUUUUAGUCUGUUAAAAAAUAUGAAUAAUUACUGAACUGUGAUACUGGAAUUGUUUAUUCUUUGGUGUAGUGGAAAACUUAGAGAAGAUUUGACAUUGAGUUUAACAAAUUAUCAGAAUUUUAAACAUGGCGGAAUAGUUCUCAUCUUAGAUAUCUGCUUAGCACGUUUACACGGGUAACCAGACAAAACUCACAAGCUUUCAGCACCUUAAGGAGAAUCCUUGUUAAGCGAUUUUGUCAGUUAACUGACUUUCCUGCCUGUUAAAUAGACUGAUUUGUGUGAGUUGCAAUUUUCUGAUGAGUUUUGUUUAUUUAUUGCCUCAAUGUAAACAUUUGUCCUACUUUAGUUAUUACUGUGGGUUGACAUUUCCUUUCAUAAUCAGGUAUUUAAUGAUUUUUAAUGGUUUUUGAUAGAAUCAUGAAUAAAAUUGGUGUG